AUGAGUGUAAUUCUCAACAAAGAGUCAAAAAAGCAGACUGCAUUUAUUCAAGUAAGAAACACUGUUGUCCAUCAACAAGUUGUACUCCUCUCAUUGCUCAACUCCCAAUUCUCUUUCCUUCUCAGACUCCCCAACAAGAAGUCUCUUGUCUAUGACCAAAACUUUUCGAUUGAUUCUAUCACUGAUGCUUAUGGCAACUCUUUUGACUUUAAUUCCUUUGUACAAAUACGUGUCGAACAACGCUUGUCAAUAGAAAGAGGUGAUGGAAUUCCAGAGAAAACACUUUCAAGAAGAAGACAGAAUUAUAUAAUCGCCGAAAGAACUAAAUUUCUUGUUGAUUUAUUGAGAGAAGCAGGCUAUUUUAUUAGUACUGUAGAGACCGGUGGAAAGAAAAACAUGUUAAAAACAGAAAUAGUCACACAAAUCUUUUAUAAUGGUGUUCUGAUGUUUGACAAAGACGCAAUCAGGGAGUGUGGGAGAGUAGUGUCACACAACAUUACAACACUCAAGACGAUGUCUGGAAAGAUUCAAAUCCCCAUCAAUACCAUCGCACUCAAAAGUUAUUCAUUGUAA